CAUGAAAAUUCCGCUUGGGAGGGAGCAGAAAAGGGGAGGUGUUCUAAAAAGCGAGCUCUUGAUUAACCCUUUCUCUUUGUUUGCUUCGACUACUACCCAACCACCCCUCCGUCUCAAGCGAAGAAAAGCUACAAAGCUCCCUAUUACACAAUGGCCGAAUACGCCUACGAUGAGGAGGGUUAUAACUUUUUAUACUUUGUAAUCUCUGUCCUGUCUAUAUGUCUGGUUCCAGUCACCUUACAGUCAAUCUAUUCGGGAUGGAAAUCAGCAAAAGAGGACAAGGAAGAGAAUUUCUGCCAGUGUGACACAUGUCAAAUAGAACGAAAGAAACUUCGUAAAGCACAGUCAAAUCGCGUCGUUAGCCAGCUUUUCAAGCCAAAGUUCUUGUUCUUGAUUGCAGGCUGGGUCGCUGUUGCAUUGUUGGCAUACCAGGUUUCAUUUGCAGAAGCACCAAAGCAACACUGGGAUCCUUAUGAGAUUUUAGGCAUCAGCGAAGGCGCCACGGUUCCAGAAAUCAAGAAAGUAUACAAAAAGCUGUCAUUGGUAUACCAUCCCGACAAGGCACAGCCAGGCACAGAAAGAGAAUCCGAAGAGCGCUUUAUUCAAAUCAGCAAGGCUUAUCAAGUUUUGACGGAUGACGAUGUGCGCGAAAACUACGAAAAGUAUGGUCAUCCAGACGGGAAGCAAUCCUACUCGGUUGGCGUUGCCUUGCCAAAGAAAUUGGUUGAAGGUGGUAACAGCAAGUUUGUCUUGGCCAUCUAUGCUUGUAUCUUCGGUCUUGGUUUGCCUUAUUACAUUGCUCGAUGGUGGUAUAAUUCUCGACGUCACACCAAGGAUCGUAUUUUGAACGGUUCCAUGAGAGUCUUUGUUAAAGAACUGAAAGAGAAUGCCGACUUCAAGGCUUUAAUCCGCAUUCUCUCAGGCGCACAUGAAUUCUUAGAAAACGCAGCCCCUCGGCCCGGUGAUGAAAAGGUGAUCAAAGCCGUCAACAGCGCCAUUGCUGAGGAGUUGGAGAAUCGAUUCGGUGAAAAGUACGAUAAUGGAAACGAGAGUGUUCCUGCAUACCGUCGCAAGGCUAGCAGCCUCUUGUACGCUUACUUUCUGCGUCAAGAUCUCAAUAGCAAGGGCUCGGGUGCUGAGGCCAAGGCUCUUUUGCAAGACCAACGUUUUAUUGUCGAAAAGUCUGUCCACCUUCUCCAAGGCUUGUUGCAAAUUGCUAUUGUUAAGCAAUGGUUAGGCGUCGCCUCUAAUGUUAUGGAUCUGCAACAGCAUUUACUUCAAGCUACAUAUCCUGGUGAACAAUCUGUGAAACAGCUUCCUCAUAUUAACACACAAAUCCUGCGCCGUUACUACCGCAACAAAAAGAAGCAUAUCCACUCCGUGCAACAAACUUUGGCAUUGUCUGAAUCCGAGCGCAAGGAGCUGUUGAAGCCUCUUGAUGAUCAGCAAUAUCUUGACGUGACUGAAGUGGCUACUCGUAUUCCACAGCUCAAGGUUAACAAGGCCGUCUUUAAGGUUGUCGGUGACAAGAUUAUUACUCCCGGUGCCAUUGUUACGUUCGUUCUUAAACUGCAGAACACCAAUGAAGCAGCUGUAGAAGAUUCCAAGAAACCAGCAGCAGCCGCAGCAAGCGACGACAGCGAUGAUGAAGAACUGUUAGAUGACGUUACUGGCAAGGCCAAGGAAGAGGACAAGCCAAACGGAACUCUUCCGUGUGCACACACGCCUUAUUACCCUGGAGAGAAGAAACCAUAUUGGUGGGUAUUCUUGGGUGAUCCCAAGGUCAACCGUAUCCUUGUACCUCCAAAGAAGGUGACUGAUGUUACCGAGGAACAGACCGUCCAAAUAUCCUUCCCAGGCCCACCCAAGCCAGGAACGUACACUUUCUCGCUGUUUGUCAAAUCGGAUACUUAUGUUGGCACCGACAUUCAACAAGAUAUUAAGUUGACUAUUCGGGACAAGGCAGAUCUUCCACCAGAAGAUGAUGUUGAUGACAGCAUAUCCGAACCUGAAGAAGAUUCGAUUGCUGGCCAAAUGAAAAUGAUGCGCGAACAAGGCAUUUCGGGGGCGUUGCAAGGUGGCCAAAAGGAUCCACAGGCUAAAGCUGAUGAAGAUAGUGAUUCUGACAGUAGUGAUGAUGAGUGAUAAAAAAAAGCACCCACCACCCACACACAUAAACAUAUACAGUACAUUCACAUUGAAAAAAAAACACUCAUAAUAUAGUAAUGAAAAUUAAAGAGAGUUUUCACCAGCAUCACUAUGAAGCAUGAAAGAACAAGGAUAUCGAAUGACGGACAAAGAGCUGUUAUACUUUAGGUAUAUACCAACUCGAAGCAUGGGGAUAUGCGCCACCUAUUAUGUGGUAGCAAUAAAAAAAAACAAACUCAAUCGGGCUCUGUCAAACCCGUCAAGCCCUUUCAAGUUGUAUUUACGGCAAUAU